CCUCCAACGACUCCAAGUCUACAACCGACCGUUGCCUCGCGAUUCAAAUCGCACACGAUUUCCAUUCCAAUCCCCUCCCCUUCCGACCGUUGCAAAUUCUCCCUCCAGAGAAACUCAAACACACCGCGUAUCAGUCUCCUCCUCUUCCUCCUCGUCUUCCUGAGCUCGGUAAUCCCAAAAUCCAACUCAAGUGUCGAAGCAGGAGCUGCCGCCGAUUGCGCGAUGGUGUCGAGGACGCCCACGAAGGCACCAGCUCCGAGGCCCUUCAACGGCAGCCCCGCGAAGCCGUCGCCGUCGCCGACGCCGGCGGCGAGGCGCCGCAAGGCCUUCCGUGGCGGUUGUGGCCGCCGCCUGUCCGCCACCAAGCGGAGCGGAGGCUCCCCGCUCAAGUCCCUCGCGGCUGCCCCCGCCGCCGUCGCCUCCUCCGUGCGCUUCUGCCGCCGCCGCCUCCUCAAGCUCUUCGCCCGCCUCACCAUCCUCGGCUCCCCGGCCAAGCGCAGGGCGGCGGCCGCCGGUUUCCAGCGCCUCCGCUCCAUUCCGCUCCCGCCUACGCCCAAGCCGCUGCUGUCUCCCCGUGCUCAGCGGCAGAACAGGGUGCACGCCACCGCCCUCCCGCCGCCGCCGGAACCGGGGAAGAAGACGCUCUUCCUCGACCUCGACGAGACGCUCAUCCACUCCCAGACCGACCCGGUGCCGGCGCGCUACGACUUCACCGUUCGCCCAGUCAUCGGUGGCCAGGCGAUCACCUUCUACGUCACCAAGCGCCCGGGCGUCGACGAGUUCCUCCGCGCGGCGGCAGAGGCCUUCGAGGUCGUCGUCUUCACCGCGGGGCUGGAGCAGUACGCCUCCCUCGUGCUCGACCGCCUCGACCCCGACGGCGCGGUGAUCGCGCACCGCCUGUACCGCGGCGCCUGCCGAGACGACGGGGAUGGCAGGCUCGUCAAGGAUCUGGCUGCCACUGGCAGGGCCCUCGACUGCGCCAUCAUCGUCGACGACAACCCAAACGCGUACUCUCUGCAGCCGGAGAACGCCGUCCCGGUGGUGCCGUUCCUUGACGACGCCAACGACCAGGAGCUGCAGAAGGUGAUGGGCUUCUUGUACGUCGCCGCCGGGUUCGACGACACCCGAGAGGCCAUCAGAUGCUACAAGGAUCUCGUCUCGCCCAACUGAUCGAGUUGCCGUGCCAGCGAGGAGAAGGCGUUGCUAAGCAGUGUCAGGUUGAAAUUUUCUCCCUCUUUGGGUCAGAUUGUUGAAUUGGUUUGGAGAUGGUGGUGAGCGACGUUUUUUCAGGAUCUUCCUGAAUGCAGAUUGUGGAAAUACUCAUAUAUUUAUGUGGUUCAGAUAAACUGAAACUGGAACUGUGGAAUGCUGAAGAUGUCCUCAAAUGAUUUAUGCAUCUGGAUGUAAAUCUGUCUAUUGGAAAAACUUCCACUGGGGAGUGUAUGGUUCAUGCUUUGCAUCAUUUUGGAAAAACUAAUUCGGUUUAGCUUCAAA